UUCAGAUCACAAGAUGAGUGGUUGUGUGGAGGAAGAGGAGGACGGAGCAGAGUCUGUAGUAUCCGGCUGUCUGUCUCUGAAGAGUGACCACUCCAAACGUUUACCCAUGACCUUCAGUAAAGAACCUGGACCCUCAGACACAAAGAAGAGGAAGAGGAGUGAUGAGGAGGAGCAGCUGUCCUGCUGUGCUUCCUGUCAGGACGUCCUGAAGGAUCCCGUCUCUACCAGCUGUGGACACUGGUUCUGCAGACGGUGCAUCAGCUCAUACUGGGACCAGUCUGCUUCACCAGGAGACUCCUCCUGUCCCCAGUGUGGACAAAUAUCCAGAACCAGUAAGACUGUCCUUCUGUCUGCUGAUGUCUUCCUGUCUGAAAACAGGACCUGUUCACAUGAAGAAACUGAUCCCAUGCCUGGUGGUCUGCAAGAGGUUUUAGAUGAAUAUAAGAUCAGUCUGAGGAGGAGAUGUGAACGUGUGACUCAAGGAAGUGAUGCAGCAGGAAGUGGAACCCUCCUCAACAGGAUCUACACUGAGCUCUACAUCACAGAGGGACAGAGUGAAGAGGUUAAUACCCAACAUGAGGUGAGGCAGCUGGAGACAGCUUCCAAGAAGAAGACCGUCCACGACGAUCCAAUCAGGUGCCAGGACAUCUUUAAAGCCUUGCCUGACCAACAGGGACCCAUCAGAGUGGUUCUGACGAACGGCGUCGCUGGCGUUGGAAAAACCUUCUCGGUGCAGAAGUUCAGUCUGGACUGGGCAGAGGGUUUGGAGAACCAAGAUGUCAGUGUGGUGGUUCUGCUUUCGUUCAGGGAGCUGAACUUGAUCCGAGAUGAGCAGUACAGUCUUCUGGAGCUGCUCCAUGUUUUCCAUCCAACAUUACAGAAGGUCCCAGCAGAGAAGCUCGCCAUCUCUAAACUUCUGUUCAUCUUUGACGGCCUGGAUGAAAGCAGACUUUCUCUGGAUUUCACCAACAAGGAGGUUGUGUCUGAUGUCACACAGAAGUCAUCGGUCAACGUGCUGCUGACAAACCUCAUCGAGGGGAAUCUGCUUCCCUCGGCUCUCGUCUGGAUAACUUCCCGACCCGCGGCGGCCAAUCAGAUCCCUCCUGAGUGUGUCGACAGGGUGACAGAAGUACGAGGCUUCACUGACGCCCAGAAGGAGGAGUACUUCAGGAGGAGGGUCAGUGAUGAAGAGCGCUCCAGCACAAUCAUCUCACACAUCCAGACAUCCAGGAGCCUCCACAUCAUGUGUCUGAUCCCAGUCUUUUGCUGGAUCACUGCUACAGUUCUGGAUCACAUGUUGACUACAGAGCAGAGAGGAGAGCUGCCCAAGACCCUGACUGACCUGUACUCACACUUCCUGCUGGUUCAGACAAAGAAGAAGAAGCAGAAGUAUGAUGAGGGACAUGAGACGAGUCCACAGGAGCUGACGGAGGCUGACAGAGAAGUUCUUCUGAAGCUGGGGAGGCUGGCGUUUGAACAGCUGCAGGAAGGAAACAUCAUGUUCUACCAAGAAGACCUGGAGCACUGUGGUCUCCAUGUCACAGAGGCCUCGGUGUACUCAGGAGUUUGUACAGAGAUCUUCAAAAGAGAGAGUGUGAUCUUCCAGAAAACAGUCUACUGCUUCGUUCAUCUGAGCGUUCAGGAGUUUCUGGCUGCAGUCUACAUGUUCCACUGUUACACCACCAGGAACACAGAGGUACUGAGGGCUUUUCUGGGGACAUACUGGGUGUCAUCUCUGGAUGACUUCCUGAGUGCAGCCAUGGAGAAAUCCCUUAAAAGUAAAAAUGGCCACCUGGACCUGUUUGUCCGCUUCCUUCAUGGCCUCUCUCUGGAGUCAAACCAGAGAUUGUUAGGAGGCCUGCUGGGUCAGACGAACAACAGUCCAGGAGUAAUCCAGAGAGCCAUCAACAACCUGAAGAAGAUGAACAUUAAUUACAUCUUUCCUGACAGAAACAUCAACAUCUUCCACUGUCUGAUGGGGAUGAACGACCUCUCAGUACAUCAGGAGAUCCAAGAGUUCCUGAAGUCAGAGAACAGAUCAGAGAAGGAACUCUCUGAGAUUCACUGCUCAGCUCUGGCCUACAUGCUGCAGAUGUCAGAGGAGGUUCUGGAUGAGUUGAACCUGAAGAAGUACAACACAUCAGAGGAGGGACGAAAGAGACUGAUUCCAGCUGUGAGGAACUGCAAGAAAGCUGAACUUUCUGACGGUGGACUCUCUGUGAUUCACUGUGAAGUCGUGGCCUCAGCUCUGAAGUCCAACCCCUCCCAUCUCAGAGCGCUGGAUCUGAGCUACAACAAAGACCUGCAGGAUUCAGGAGUGAAGCGUCUGUGUGCUGGACUGGAGAGUCCAAACUGCAGACUGGAGACUCUGAGAUUGGAUUACUGCAGUUUGUCAGAGAUCAGCUGUGAUUCUCUGGCCUCAGCUCUGAAGUCCAACCCCUCCCAUCUGAGACAGCUGGACCUGGGCAACAACGAGCUGCAGGAUUCAGGAGUGAAGCUGCUGUGUGAUCUUCUGCAGAGUCCAAACUGCAGACUGGAGACUCUGAGAUUGAGUCACUGCUGGUUGUCAGAGAUCAGCUGUGCUUCUCUGGCCUCAGCCCUGAAGUCCAACCCCUCCUAUCUGAGAGAGCUGAACCUGAGCUCCAACAGGCUGCAGGAUUCAGGAGUGAAGCUGCUGUGUGAUCUUCUGCAGAGUCCAAACUGCAGACUGGAGACUCUGAGAUUGUGGAACUGCAGUUUGUCAGAGAUCAGCUGUGCUUCUCUGGCCUCAGCUCUGAAGUCCAACCCCUCCCAUCUGAGAGAGCUGGACCUGAGAGAAAACAGGCUGCAGGAUUCAGACAUGAAGAUGCUGUGUGACCUGAAGGAGAGUCCACACUGCAGACUGGAGACUCUGAGGUGGGAGACACUCAUGUUUUCUGAUUCUGAGUGA